AUGUGUGGCAUCCUAUGGCAUUUUAAAAACCGCAUAGAUAGGCAACCCACUGCUCAGAACGGAAAGUGUGAUUUAAAUGACCCGCUUUUUGAACAAAUGGUUCCCCUCGUAUGCUCCAGAGGACUGGAUAGCACGCAGUACUUUAAAAAGGAGAUCGCCCAAGGCACAAUAACGGAGUUCUCCUCGGUGUUGUCAAUAAGGGCACCUCUGACGCUUCAACCAAUGAUUAGGGGAAACUUUACUCUGCAAUAUAACGGAGAGCUCUACAACCAAGAGAUAGAAAAUAAUGAUCUUGAGUUUAUUUAUCAAACUUUGGUGAAGUCAAACUUUGAUGUCGUAUCAACUAUAGGUCAACUAGACGGCGAAUUCUCCUACUGCAUCACCAAUACAGACACUAAAAAGGUAUUUUUCGGGAAAGAUUUGCUGGGAAGAAAGAGUUUAGGAUAUAUGCUUGAUGAGAACCAAUUGUACAUUAGCAGCUGCCCUCCUGCCACGAAACAAGACACCUGGAUCGAGUGUGCCUGCGCAACGAUAUAUGAGUUUGACAUGGAGUCCGGCAAGUUGAUAACGAUCAACUUUGAAUCUAGCAAUAACCUUCCUAGCCCCGAUAUUGUUCAGCAGACAGACGAGCCUCUGAAUUCGGUGAAUCUGCAUAAACUAUUGGCUUCGAGCGUGAGAAAACGUGUGAGAACCAUCUCGCCAACACAUAAGUCAAGCUCUUCUGUGGCAUUAUUGUUCAGUGGAGGUCUAGACUGCACUUUGGUAGCAGCUCUGGCGGCAUCAGAACUUGGACCAGAUACAACGAUCGACUUACUAAACGUCUCUUUUUGCAACCCACGUUCCAACACCAAACCCGCAGACACACCAGACAGACUGCUUGCGAUAAAAAGCUGGAAAGGGUUGCAACAAAUGUUCUCAAAGGUCAAGUUUCAGCUGGUGGAAAUUGACGUGCCAUACGAGGAGUAUCUGGAACAUAGGUCCAGGGUGAUACAGCUGAUCUAUCCUAACGACACAGAAAUGGAUUUAUCUAUAGCCAUCGCCUUUUAUUUUGCCGCACGAGGAAUUGGUAAUCGUGUUCUUCCAAAUGGAACCAGAGAGCCGUAUGAAAGUACAUGCAGAGUCUUACUAAGCGGUUUGGGAGCCGACGAGUUGUUUGGAGGUUACACUCGCCAUGAGCGAAUCUUCACGAGCCUCUCAAAUCAAAUAAAACGACGAGUCUCUGGAAAACCUCCAAAAGAUACCACAGAGUAUAACUGGGACACACUGAUCAAACGUCUGAUUGAAGAGCUGCAGCUUGAUUUAUCUAACUUGCAUAUUAGGAACCUUUCGCGGGACGACAAAGUGAUUUCCUGCUGGUCCAAAGAAGUCCGCUACCCAUUCCUGGAUAAAAGUCUAGUGGAAUUUGCAACCAGAAAAGUGAGGUGCGAGGAUAAGCUGCGAUUGGAUAGAACAACUGGUGAGAUCAUAAGAAAGUUUGCAUUGAGAGAGCUUGCUCGUCAUUUAGGGUUGGAAUUUGUUGAACAAGAACCAAAACGGGCCAUCCAGUUUGGGUCUCGAAGUGCCAAAAUAGAUCCUGGGACCGGGAAGGUGAAAGGAACGGAUAGACUAGUGUAAAUAGACCUAAAACGUUAUUCCUCGUCUGAGGGACCGUCAUCAACCUCCUCCUCUUCAUCUUGUUGUACAUUUGCUGCAUACUCAGCACUAUCAAGGAUCAUCCUUAUAUCCUCGUUGGCAUCUCCCAGCAACUGAGCUGGCUUUAGGCCGUCCUUAUUGCGGAUCGUCGGGUCGGCACCAACCUCUAGAAGAUUCUCUAUUAGGAAUUUGGCGUACUCGGGCUCCUCAAAACUGUAAUGAACGGCAUAAUGCAAGGGGGUUUCACCGCUUAUUUGAUGCUUUGGAUCAACGUCAAUGCCCUCAAUGUCAAGUAGCUUGUCAAGCACUUCGUAGCAUCCGUAUUUACAACAAAGAUGUAAUGGCGUAUUACCUGUGGCAUCCUUGGAAGAGUUUACAAGUUCUGCAAUGUCCUCCGGAUGAGCUUCCACCACAGAAGCUAGCAAUUCCACGUUGUUUCUUCUCGAGGCUUCUAUAAUUUGCUCUUGAGGGGAAGCUCCGG